UUGUCUUUGGUAUGAGUUGCAAAACUUUUUUUUUUUCAACUCUUUACUUGAUUUUACCCUGAAAAUUGAAAUGAGGUACAAUCAAUAUCCAUUGGUAUAUUCAUACCCUGGUCAUUUUACAAAAGCCAAAGAAACGCUAAUCUUAAAGUUCACUCUCACACGGGAUAAUUUAGAGUUUUCCAUUAACCUGCCAUGCAUGUUUUUGGAACGUGGGAGGAAAGAAAACAAAGGGCAGAUUCAGAAACACUGUCAACCCCCCCCCCCCCCAAAAAAAAAUCAUAGUUGCUUCUCUGAUUCAAUUUGGAAUCGAUUUUUUUUAAUAAUAGAAUAAAUUAGGUAGCAAUUGCUUUUCUGAGAUGUAUUCGUGUUUACUAUAUCUUCACUUUAAAAAAAUUAACUACUGAAAGAAAUUAGCUUUUCUAUACUGUAUAUUGAGAUGUACGUGUCUCUAAUUAUGAAUUCAUGCCUUAAGAGAAAGCCAUUUCAUGCAGCAAAUACUAUUUUACGGCAGUAAUUCCACCCUGCACUGCUCCAUAUGUCGCACAUGCCAGGAACUGCCUCUGCUGGUAAGCCUUUCGAAAGAGGUUGGAGUGUUUGAUUUGGUUCUACCGCAACAGACUCAUCCACUCUUGGCAUAGUAUGGGCUAGUCAAAAAGGAAAAAAAAAUGUCAGUUGGAUGAUAUUUUUUCUCCUCAGACCAAAGUACUUGUCAGAUAUUCCACAAGUGUCAGAGAAAAAGAAGCCGAAAUGGCCGUCAAUCGGAAGCGCCGGUGACGUGACCUAGUCAAGGCAGGCCCAGGGCGUCAUGUUUACCUCGCACCCCGCCUGUGUGGCCGGAGGAGCUUGGAGUGGGUGGGCGCUACCGAGAUGAACUCACAAAGUCGGCACUGUCCUGACAGUCGGAGGUCUGCACCUUUGCUCCUCAGAUCCUCUCCAGCACUUCACUUCUUCGAAUCACAGCACGUUGAGGACUUGUCGUCGCCAUGGUCCGUAGCAGCACCUGCAGAGUCCUGGUCCUUCUGGGCCUCUUGGUGGUCUUCGUGCGCUCAGAGACGGUCAGCGACUCACCCAGAGACAACCAAGACAUCAUGUCCGGAGAGAUCCCUGUGGAUGUGGCCCCCACCGGAGCCACCACCAAGGAACUCCUUCAUCACAUGACCGAGCAGGCCUUCACGUUCGACUACGAGGACGCCACGCAAGGCCUCGCCGUGGAUGAGGAAGAAGGUGUCUUGGGACCGGGUGCCAUCACCGCCAUCGUCAUCGCCGUUUUCCUCGGAGCGUCCGUCCUUCUGGCUCUCAUCGUCAUCAUGCUCAGAAAAUUCGCAGCCUCCUAGAAUGUGUGUGUAUGCGUGUGUGUGUGCGCGUGUGCGUGUGUGUGGUGUAUUUUUGCUUGUUCUGUAUAUGUGUUAAUUGAUGCUGUGGCAGGUCCCCAGACGGAGCAAGCAUAGCUGCUCUGCUCCACUCUGUGCUCAUUUUGCAUGUUGAGUUUACAUCAUUUUCAUCAGGAUACAUAUUUUAAUUUCACAAUUUAAAACAUUUACCAUGUGUCUCAAUAUGUCUGACAUCAAAAUAUGGUACAUUUAAACAAAAUUUUAAAAAAUGAUCACCUGACUUACAACUGUCUCCUAACCUCGCAGAAAUUUGCUUGGACUAUGCAUUUUGUUACCAUUACAACAAGCAAGUAAAUGACUUCUACUUGCAGAAGGCGAUCCCGGUGUGGAAAUUAAAAUUACCCUUAAAAAAACAAUAAAAGCCUUGCCAAUC